GCUGCUGCUUUUGUUGCUGCCUCUGCUGCCAUGCGCGGGCCCAGCUGAAGGGCGGCCCAGAAGCGCCAUGGCCCUGCGCGGCGGCGGCGGCGGCGGAGGAGGCAGCGUCCCAGCCCCGACGCCCUUCUCCAUCCAAGCCAUCCUCAACAAGAAGGAGGAGCGGGGCUUCGCGCACGGGCGGCUGCAGCUCCCGCCUCCGCCGGCAGGGGGCGCCCUGGCCAGCCCCGACGCCUGCUGCUGGAAGCUCUUCCAGGCCGCCGCCGCUCUCCAGCACCACCAGCCCGCUUUGGGGGCCCCCGCCCCGGCUCCUUGGGACUCCGACUCGGCCUUGAGCGAGGAGCGGGAGGAGGAAGAGGACGACGACGAAGAAGAAGAGGAGGACGAGGAGGAAGAGGAGGAGGAGGAGGGAGAAGACGAGGGAGUCCUCCUCCCCGAAGGCCCCGCCAAGGACCACUCGGAGCAGCCUGACCCAUCCUCAGCAGACCGCAGCCGCCUGGAGGACCCCAACGAGGAAGAGGAGGAGAUCUCUGCGUGUCCUCGCCACCCGCGCGGCUGCGUGGACGGACUGUGCAGCCAGGCGCUCCCAGGGAGGGAGGCAGAGGAGCCUGCGGCGGAGAGGGCCACUCCGAGAGCGCCUUCCUCGUCCUCCUCGUCUUCCUCCUCCUCGUCUUCCUCCUCUCCCAUGGCGGCGGCCCCUCCCGCGGCCCCGAAGGCGAGGAAGAAGCGCUCUCGGGCGGCCUUCUCGCACGCGCAGGUCUUCGAGCUGGAGCGGCGCUUCAACCACCAGCGCUACCUCUCGGGGCCGGAGCGGGCCGACCUCGCCGCCUCGCUCAAGCUGACCGAGACCCAGGUCAAGAUCUGGUUCCAGAACCGGCGCUACAAGACCAAGCGGCGCCAGCUGGCCGCGGACCUCCUGGCCUCCGCGCCCGCCGCCAAGAAGGUGGCCGUCAAGGUCCUCGUCCGCGACGACCAGCGCCAGUACCACCCGGGGGAGGUGCUCCGGCCCCCGCCGCCCCCGCCGCCCCCGCCGCUACUCCACCUCCCGCCGCCCUACUACUACCCCUACUACUGCCUGCCCGGCUGGGCCCUCUCCGCCUGCGCCGCCGCCGCCGCCGGGGCCUCCCAGUGACUGACCCCCAAAACAAAAGGAAGGGCGCCCCUCUUGCGCCUUGGGACACUUUCUCAGAGACGAUCCAGGCCUCCUCCUUUCCCGCAAGACCCCCGACUUCCCCCCUCCCCGGAAUUCCGCCCCACAUACAAGGCUUCUCCCCCCCCCCCCUUCCCUCGGGAGCCUUGCCAGGUCCAGCACUUUGCGGUUGUAUGGAAAUUGUUAUUGUGACGACGAUAAUUAUUGUUAUUAUUAUUUUUAUAGUCAAUGUGAAUAUCUUAUUCAGGCCUCUAUUGGGGUGGGU